AGACCGGGAACAGAACCCAGGUCCUUCUAAUUCCCAGGCCAGUGCUCUAUCCAUUAGGCCAUCCUGCUUCUUGACGAGCAUAGGCAGAAAUUCACUAUUUUGUACAACUCUGACAUUAAGAACAAGAUAUGUAAUUUGACCACUCUCUACCCUUUUUCUUCACAAAAUAUAAAUCACUUGUUACUACCAAUAGAUCAAUAGCAUUAGCUGAGCACUUACAAUGCGCAAAGCACUGUAGUAAAUGCUUGGGAGAGUAAAACACAAUGGAGUAGGGAGACAAACGUCAGCUCUUGUCAAAAUAGACAAACCCGAUACUGACUUCUUUUUACCUCAGAACACUAUGAGCGUAUGCACCCGAAAAGUACGAGAAAAAACAAAUGGGGUAUCGAGCGAGAUUUUGUAAUUGAAAAACAUAUUUAAUGAGGAGUUCAAGGAAAAGAAAUUCUCAAUAAAAUCGCGAGGUGGCGCUGCAGGACAAGAAGGCGCAGACAAAGAACUGCAGUUACGGUGGACUCCAUUACUAAGGGAGAAAACAGCAGAGAGGCUGGUAGGAAAAGGGAGGCUUUGUCAGCAGAGCUGGGGAAGGGUCGGAUUCUUCUGCAAGGGCUGGGAGCAGCACAUUUAAAUACCUGGAAUUACGCCAUUAGAGUUUAACCUGGGCCGGAUUGCCAUUGAGAAGAUCCAUAUUUGUGGAAAUAAGGGGACGUUCGCAACAGGAACAAUGAGAGCCAAGGACAAGACUCCUGGGUGGAUGAGGCAAGUUGUCUUUCUUAUUAUAUACCUUAAUAUCUCGGAAUUGUGGUCGGAAUCAGUUCGGUAUUCGGUAUUGGAGGAAUCAGAGAGCGGCUUCGUUGUGGCUAAUGUGGCAAAGGAUCUGGGGCUCAUUAUCGGGAAUCUUUCAGUCCGAGAGGCUCGGAUCAUUUCCAAAAGUGAUGAGCACUAUUUCCACUUCAACCUUAAAUCCGGGGAUUUGAUCCUAAAGGAGAAACUUGAUCGGGAGUUCUUAUGUGAGCAAAAAGAUCCCUGCGUGGUGAAUUUCCAAAUUUUAGUGGAAAAUCCUUUAGAGUUUUUCGGACUUGAAAUAACAGUAGGAGACAUAAAUGACCAUUCUCCCGUGUUUCUAGACAAGGAAAUAAUUCUGAAUAUCCCGGAGAAUAGUCCUGUGGGGACGGAAAUACAAAUGCAAAGUGCACAGGAUUUGGAUGUCGGGACUAACAGCCUGCAGGAAUAUACCAUCAGCCCCAACUCCCAUUUCCACAUUAAAACCCGCAGCCACAGUGAUGGUAGAAAAUACCCGGAGCUGGUGCUGGAUAAAACGUUGGAUCGGGAGAAACAGGCUGAGAUUCAGUUAACCAUCACGGCCACAGAUGGCGGUUCCCCGCCUAGAUCCGGAACCGCCGAAGUUCAUGUUCUUGUUGUGGACAUUAAUGACAAUGCCCCUGUUUUUACCCAGCCACGAUAUGAGGCUCAGAUUCUUGAAAACAGCCGUGCAGGUUCGCUGGUUUCUACAGUCACCGCCAAUGAUUUUGACGCAGGAAUCAAUGGGGAAAUAUCAUACAAAUUUUUCCAUGUUUCCGAUCACAUUCAGAAAACGUUUGAAAUAAAUCCAAUUUCGGGAGAAAUUAGACUAAUAGGGGAAUUGGAUUUUGAGACCAGGCAGUCAUAUAUGAUAGACAUUCAGGCCUCAGACGUUGGGGGCCUAUCGGCAAAAUGCACUGUCCAUGUUCAAGUGAUGGAUGUGAACGACAAUCGUCCCGAAAUCACCAUGUCAUCAAUUAACAGCCCCAUACCUGAGAACUCGCCCGAGACAGUUGUCGCUGUUUUCAGUAUAUCAGAUCGCGACUCAGGGGACAACGGCAAAAUGAUUUGCUCCAUUCAGGACCACCUCCCCUUUAUCCUGAAACCUACAGUUGAAAAUUUCUUCACCUUGGUAGCGCACAGAACACUGGACAGAGAAAGUCAGUCUGAAUACAAUGUAACUAUCACUGUUUCGGAUUUGGGUUCUCCUAGUCUCAAAACGGAGCAGAACAUAACCGUCCUGAUAUCUGAUGUAAAUGACAAUCACCCAAUUUUUAAUCAAACAUCUUACACAUUGUAUGUCCGGGAAAACAACAGCCCCGCCCUGUACAUCGGCAGUGUCCGAGCUGUGGACAGAGACUCUGGGCAGAACGCCAGGGUGUCCUACUCCCUGCUGUCUCCCGAGGACGGCGACUUUCCCCUGUCCACCUACAUUUCCAUCAACUCGGACAAUGGCAAUCUCUACGCUCUGAGAUCCAUGGAUUAUGAAGCCAUUCGGAAAUUCCACUUCGCAGUCAGGGCGGUGGAUAGCGGUUCCCCGGCCCUGAGCAACCAGACGGUGGUCUGGGUGGUGGUCCUGGAUGACAAUGACAACAGUCCCUUCGUCCUGUACCCUCUGCAAAACGGCACCUCCCCCUGCAAUGAUCUGGUCCCCAGGUGGGCGGAGGCCGGCUACCUGGUGACUAAGGUGGUGGCGGUGGACUCAGACUCGGCUCAGAACUCUUGGCUUUCCUUCCAACUGCUCAAGGCCACGGACCCAGGGCUCUUCAGCGUGUGGCCCCACAACGGAGAAGUCCGAACCACGAGGCUCAUCACCGACAGAGACGCCAUCAAGCAGAGCCUCGUUGUCCUCGUGAAGGACCAUGGAGAGCCACCUCUGUCCACUGCAGCCACUCUGCAUGUGCUUCUAGUGGACGGCUUUUCGGACCCCUACAUCCGAAUCCCGGAGAUGCCGAGAAUCGGAGAGCAGGAAGAUUCCCUCACCAUGUACCUGGUCAUUGCUCUGGCUUCUGUCUCUUUCCUUUUUCUCUUCUCGGUGAUCGUCUUCAUCGUGGUGAAGCUGUGGAGCAGAAGGAGAGACACCACGGAAGCCUCCAACUUGGGCCCCGAGUGCCAUUUCCCGGGACACUUGGUAGAUAUAAAUAGCACCGGGACCCUCUCCCACAAUUAUCGCUAUGAGGUGUGUUUAACCACCGGUUCUGGGAACAGCGAGUUCCAGUUCCUUAAACCCGUCAUUCCCAGCCUCCCAGAUCAGGGUGUUGGUAAUCAUCGGGAUGAAAAGCCUCCAUUUCGCAAUAGUUUGGGCUUUAAUUAGGGAACUCGCCUAG